AAAACCGACCCGGCUAAGAACGGCGGGCACCUCUCGUUCUUUGGCGUUAGCUCCUCUUCGUUUCUUACACUUAAGGGUUUCCAAAUUACACAUUCCACUACCAUCCUUGGCCUCUUUCCUAGUUGAGAAAAGCUAAGGAUGUUCUGAGGAGUGCAAUGCUGCAUCAGUCUCUAAUGGAGGAAGCUCUCCGGAGAGUUCAAGCGCGUUCGGGGCCGGUACCAUCUUUUACACCCCAUGUCUCAUCAAGGAUAAGGUCGCGUGAGCCUGAAGAUAAGUAUUAUAAAUAUGAUGUGGCCAUUACUUUUACUCGCGUCGCGAUCGGUACUGAAACUCAAUCACGCAGCAUAAGUUGUCACGGGGUUCAUCAAGAAUGAAUGGGUGAGUAAAGAAGUAUUAGUAUGUGCUUCUACUGUACUAGUAAUACAUAUGAAGGACUCGCCCAGCAACACAACAAAAAUGUUGACUUGAGUAGUCUUUUAGUGCUGAGCCCGAUAGAGAUAGUACUUCUACUGACGAUCAUGAAACGCUGUUUGCCGUUAAUGUUAGGUGGAGGUGGUGGGAGGCGGGUAAUAAAUUCAUCUGCGUCUCCAUCAUCUUCAUUCGAAACGCCUUGGACAUCAUUUUCCUGCGUGUCUGUGACACGACGACGGAAUAGCCUUGCGACUACCCAUUGAUCUAACACAGCUAUUAAGAAUUUGCUCAUGAAGACGCAUCCUCAUGAAGGCUGUGCCUGGCUAUUUUCCAGCGGACUUUUUUUAGAAAUGAAGAUAUACAACUGGAAAAGGCGCCAGGCAGGGACACUUGCGGCGAUGCUACUUUUGUACUACUGGCCGCUCUAAAUCUGGCGCCAACACAAAGGGGGCGAGAAAAUACCUGCGUGGGGUAUCGCUCUCGACCAGACCGGACGAAGGCCAAACUUGGCUAACACCACGUCGCGCGGCUUCGAUUUCUG